AUGAUUAAAUUAUUUCAUAAACAAAAAUCACAAGUUUUGAACUUAGCUCGGCGUUUUUCGUUAGGAAAUUUUGGAAAUGAUAACCUGAAAUCAAUAGAAGACGCAUUUUGCUACGAUUUGGCAAUAAUUGGCGGAGGUAUAAUUGGUACUUCAAUAGCAAGAAAAAUCAAAAAUGAAUCGCCCAAUUUGAAAACAAUUCUCAUCGAAAAAGAAAGCGGUUUAGGGAAACACCAGAGCAGCCACAAUAGUGGUGUAAUGCAUUCAGGAAUUUAUUAUAAACCAGACUCACUCAAAGCGAAAUUUUGCGUCAAAGGAAGACGCAUGCUGAAAGAAUAUUGCGAUGACAAUAAUAUCCCUUAUAAAAAUACAGGGAAGAUCGUAACAGCCACCGAUAGAAACCAGAUUGAAAUUUUGAAGAUUUUACAUAGCCAAGGAGUUGAAAACGGGGUUGACGAUCUCACGAUACUGAAGACUAUUGAAGAAAUCAAUGAAGUCGAACCAAGAGCCAAAGGUUUCCAAGCCCUAUAUUCUCCAAACACUGGAAACAUCGAUUUCCAAGUAGUAGCAGACAGUUUUGGCAAAGAUUUUAGAAAAAACGGUGGAGACAUCUUAUUCAGCAACGAAGUAAAAUGCAUUAAACCGUCUUCGGAUUGCGACUUUCCCAUUUUGGUCAAAUGCAAUGAAAAUUUGUUUCUGAAAACGAAAUAUCUGAUCAUUUCCGGAGGUCUACAGUCUGGAACCUUACUGGAUUUGAUUGAUUGUGCAGCCAAAAAAUGUGGUGUUUUCAUAUCUUUCAGAGUGAAUUAUCACUUGCUGAAAAAUGGUUCAAUAUCCAGGAAUAUCUAUGCAGUACCGGAGAUGGACCUGCCCUUUUUGGGAAUCCACCUGAGCCCAAGGUAA